AUGUCAACUCAAACUUCCGCUCCAGUCAACCUCGUAUCCGUCAACACCGCCCCCGAUAGAGCCAAGAAGGUGAUUGGGCAGGUGAUUGAGAAUGUAAAAGACCGAUACAGCAUCGUACACGCCGGAAACUCUACUACCAUUGAGGGUGUCAAAUCGUUAUUGGAGUCUGUUCAACCACCUCCUGGUAUUUUGUUCUGCGCUUCCAUGUGGACACCUGAACAACAAGAAGAAAUCCAAAAGAUCGCCCGAGACACUAUCCCGGGUAUCAAAACACAUGGAAUCCCCACUGGCUUGCAAGUCCAAGUUGGUCCCGAUGGUAUUGUAAAAUACCUCAUGGAGAGAAUCGACGAUAUCAUGUCUCAAAAGUAA